UUAAUUUCUUACGUAUACACCGGACAUUUCGCGGGAUAAUUUCCACAAUUUCCCAUGCAUGUAGUAUCCUUGAUAUUAUUACCGAUUAAAAAGUAAAUGUAAAUAAAAUGGGACCAAAAGUAACCCCGGCAAAGCAAAAGAACACACUGUUUUCAUAUUUUGCAAAAGGAUCGACACCUAAAGAAAAAGAAGGCGAUCAAAAUACAGGAGAUGUCCUUGCUCCAAAGAAGUCUCCUAACAAGGCCAAAGUAUCACCGAGUGCACAGCCUCCACAUAAAAUUGGAUAUGAGGUAGGUGAUUUAUUGUGGUGUAAACUAGAAGGAUAUCCAUGGUGGCCGAGCUUAGUGUGUAAUCAUCCUACACAGAAUACACAUUUUAAAGGUGGCAAAAACCCUCAAGUACAUGUACAAUUCUUCGACAACCCUGUUUCUAGAGCAUGGAUCAAAAAGAAGAACUGUCAUGAGUACAAAGGAUCUGAAGAUAAAGAGUUUCAGAGAGGAGGGAUGUUCCAUACAAACAGUGCGCCAGUUGUAAAGGGUGUUGAACAAGCUGACGAAGCAUUGAAACUAUCACGUGAGGAUCGGCUAGGUCUGGUGGUGGAACUGCAACCUUCAGAUGAUGAAGAUGAAAUGGAUCUUGAUGCUGACAUGUUUGAUGGUGAGAUGAGUGGAGAAGACAAUAGUAAAGAAAACAUGGAUGUUGAUGAGAAAAAGGUGAAGAAAACACCCAGUAAAUCUCCAGGUAAAGGUAGACGUUCUCAGAGAAGUCAGGCUAAGAGACGCAGAAUCAUCAUAGACAAUGAUGAUAGCGAAGAACAUGACUCUGGUGAUGAUUUUAAACCUGAUCCAGAAGAAGGGAGUGAUGAUGAUGAUGCCAGUAGUGGUGUAGAUGAAGAAACUGUCACCUCUGAUGAUGCCUCUGAACCUGAUUCUCCUCUAAAGUUACCUCAAAAGCGAAAAAGACCUGCUCCAAAACCUACAUGGGGUCCGAAGACUGCUAGAAAACCAGCCUCUCAGUCGGUACAGAAAACAUUAUCUGGCUUCUCGAAGGACGCCAGUCCAGAUAAAUCUCCGCCAAGAACUCCCAGUUUAAAGUCAGAAGUGAUGUCACCAAAAGUUAGCAGUGUCACAAAGUCUAAACUGGCAGCCUUUUCUGCUAGUGACUCUGUAGGACAAAGCAGUGAUAGCACAGAAGAUAAAAUUGUUUACCAACACUGUAAAUAUGAGUGGCUACAACCUGAUCAAAUCAGAGAUAUCAAUAAACAUAUGAAGACUGAUGAAAACUAUGACCCUAGAACAUUAUAUAUACCUGAAAGUGAGAAAUCCAAGUUUACACCAGCAAUGAGACAGUGGUGGGAAAUAAAGUCACAUCAUUUUGAUACUGUUCUAUUCUUCAAGAUGGGAAAAUUCUAUGAAUUGUUUCAUAUGGACGCAACAAUAGCUGUAAAUGAACUGGGACUGAUCUAUAUGAAGGGCGAUUAUGCCCAUUCAGGUUUUCCUGAGAUAGCAUAUGGACGUUAUGCCGACACGUUAGUGCAGCGUGGGUAUAAAGUUGCCAGGAUAGAACAGACAGAAACACCGGAAAUGAUGAACGAGAGAUGUAAAACUUUGAGUAGGCCGAGUAAAUUUGAUAAAGUCGUAAAGCGAGAGGUAUGUAGGAUAACAACAAAGGGGACCAAAACAUUCAGCUUCCUGUCAGGAGAAUGUGCUGACUCACAGAGUACCUAUCUCCUAGCCAUUGCUGAAAAGGAGAUGGAGACAGACAGCUGUAGUACAUAUGGGGUGUGUUUUGUUGAUACAUCUAUUGGCAAGUUCCAUAUAGGACAAUUUUUGGAUGACAGACAUAGUUCUAGGUUACGGACCCUGCUUGCUCAUUAUCCACCUGUCCAGAUUCUGCACGAGAAAGGUCAUUUGUCACAGAGAACUCUGCAAGUCAUCAACAACAAUCUGACAUCUGUAAUGAAAGAGGCGUUGACUCCAAAAACAGAGUUCUGGGAGAGCAGUAAGACAUUACGUGUUCUGUCGGAAGAGUCAUAUUUUAAACCAGAUGACAGCAGUGAUGUCGAAUGGCCAGAAACACUUAAAGCCAUGAUGGCAGAUAAUGAUGCUCUUGGUCGUACAGCAUCCGAGGAAUACAGUCUAGCUGUCAGUUCACUAGGAGCUCUCACCUGGUAUUUACAGUAUUCUCUACUGGACGAAGAACUUCUUUCUAUGAGAACAUUUGAGAAAUAUGAACCAUUAGAUAAUCUGAAGAAAGAAGAUAAAGGUGGCAAGAGUAGUUUUAAUUUUGGAACAAAACAUAUGAUUCUAGAUGGUGUAUCGUUGUCCAACUUGGACGUUACUGAAAACAGCAGUACUGGAACGUUAGAGGGAACAUUACUGGAGAGAUUGGAUCAAUGCUAUACACCAUUUGGAAAGCGUCUAUUUAGACAGUGGCUAUGUGCUCCCCUAUGUAAUCCAGUGUCCAUUAAUGACAGACUGGAUGCUGUAGAAGAUUUGAUUGGCUGUCAGGAUGUGGUAGCUGAAGUUGUUGAAAAAAUUAAAAAGUUACCAGAUCUAGAAAGAUUAUUAAGCAGGAUUCAUACACUUGGUACAGCAAAGAGUAAAAAACAUCCAGAUGGGCGUGCUAUCCUGUAUGAGGAGGUUACUUAUAGUAAAAGAAAGAUAGAAGAUUUUUUGGCAACUCUGGAUGGCUUCAAAGUUGCUGCAAAAAUUGCACAGAAGUUCAGUCAUACAGUUUCAAACUUCAAAUCACAGCUUCUAACAAAAACGCUUGGUAUUGAUGGCAAAAGUGAGGGUGGUUUGUUUCCAGAUCUUGUAGAUGAAUUGAAGUUCUUUGAUCAUGCUUUUGACCAUAAUAAAGCCAAGAAAGAAGGAGUCAUUGUACCUAGCAGAGGAGUGGACUCGGACUAUGAUAAAGCAAUAUGUGACAUAGAAUCUACACAGUCCAGUCUACAACAGUAUCUAGAUAAACAGAAAACCAGACUAGGUUGCAGGUCAAUAGUGUACUGGGGUACCGGAAAAAAUCGUUACCAAAUGGAAAUACCAGAGAGUUCUAUAAAAAAUGUACCAAACGAGUACCAGCUGAUGUCAUCAAAGAAAGGAGCUAAACGAUUUAGAACAACAGAAAUAGAAGAGAUGUUGUCUGAGCUUGUAGAUGCUGAGGAGAGGAAGGACGCAGCGUUGAAGGAUGUGAUGAGACGAAUAUUUCAUAAUUUUGAUAAACGGUAUAAGAUGUGGGAUACUGCGGUACAAUGUAUGUCUGUAUUAGAUGUAUUGUUAUCCAUGGCUCAGUAUAGUAGAUGUGCCGAUGGUGUAGUUUGUAGACCAGAGAUUGUGCUACCUGAAGAGAAUCAACAGCCAUACCUGGAGAUCAGGGAUGCUAGACAUCCGUGCAUAUGUCGUACAUUCAGUGGUGGUGAUUUCAUACCUAAUGAUACAGUUAUAGGAAUAAAAGAUGAAUCUGAAGCUGAUGAUAGUCAUGGUAAGAGUCAGGUUGUCUUGGUUACAGGACCAAAUAUGGGCGGCAAGUCAACGUUAAUGAGACAAGUUGGUCUAGUGGUUAUCAUGGCACAAAUGGGUUGCUAUGUACCAGCAGAGAAGUGUAGAUUAACACCAGUUGACAGAGUGUUUACAAGAUUAGGUGCUAGUGAUAGAAUCAUGGCAGGUGAGAGCACGUUCUUCGUAGAGUUAAGUGAGACAUCAGCUAUAUUACAACAUGCUACAAAACAUUCUCUAGUGCUGGUUGAUGAACUUGGACGAGGGACAGCCACAUAUGAUGGUACAGCUAUAGCUUGUGCUGUGGUACAGGAACUAUCCAGAAAUAUUGCAUGUAGGACGUUGUUCUCCACCCACUAUCACAGUCUCGUCGAGGAAUUCUCACAUGAUCCAAAUAUAAGACUAGGACAUAUGGCAUGUAUGGUAGAGAAUGAGGAUGAAGAAGACCCCACUCAGGAAACUAUCACAUUCUUAUACAAGUUUACCUCUGGGGCUUGUCCUAAAAGUUACGGUUUUAAUGCUGCUAGACUCGCAAAUCUACCAGAAGAGGUUAUAAAGUUAGCAGUAAAGAAAGCAAAGGAAUUUGAAUCAUCAGUAGACACAAUACGCUGUUUUAGGAACCUGUGGAAAGAUGGCACAAAGGAAAAACUAGAGGCCAUACAAGUAACAGCAUGAUUAAACAAUGGAAACAGAUCUUACCUUGAAGAAACUCUUGCUUAUAUCUGUUGAUAACAGUAAUUUCUCUAUUAAAUAGAAGACAGACAUUAUGACUUUGUUGCAGUUACAAACAUAGUGUUAAUCAUAGUGUUGUUUAUUGAAAAUUAA